CAGCUUGAGAAUCAACCCGGAAACAGAAUUCGUUGUUCUUCCUGUGAUGGUUGCGCCUGAUUUGAGUAGGAGUCUCGGGUAUCGCUUUCCUUAGGGGCCCUUGGUGGGGGGCUUCAUCCCAUAGAUAGAGGUCUAUGGUUGCUCCGUCUUUGCCGUCGCCAUCAUGAUGCCUGUCUUCAGAAGCAGCCGGCGCGACUUCACUUUCGGGCCGUGGAAGCUGACCGCUGCUCGGACCCACAUUAUGAAGUCGGCUGAGGCCGAAAGACUAGCUGAAGAACUGCACAUGCCUUGUGUCCCAGAAAUGAUGUUUGGAGACAAUAUCUUAAGAAUUCAGCAUGAAUCUCAGUUUGGAAUCGAGUUCAAUGCAGUUGAUGCUUUAAGAUGCGUAAAUAACUCUCAAGGUAUGGUUAAAGUGGCCUGUGCAGAAGAGUGGCAAGAAAGCAGAACUGAGCCUGAACACACAAAAGAGGUUGUUAAACCAUAUGAUUGGACUUAUACAACAGAUUAUAAAGGAACACUGUUGGGAGAAACAUUAAAGUUAAAGGUUUCUCCCACAACAGAACACAUAGACACAGAGAAACUGAAAGCCAGGGAACAGAUUAUGUUCUUUGAAGAAGUUCUGCUCUUUGAAGAUGAACUUCAUGAUCAUGGAGUUUCAAGCCUCAGUGUCAAAAUAAGGGUGAUGCCUUCAAGUUUCUUUGUGCUGCUGAGAUUUUUCCUGCGAGUUGAUGGUGUGCUUAUCCGCAUGAACGAUACAAGGCUUUACCAUGAGGCUGACAAAUGCUACAUGUUGCGGGAAUACACGUCUAGGGAAAGCAAAGUAUCAAGUCUAAUGCAUGUUCCUCAAGCCCUGUUCACGGAUCCCAAUGAGGUUGCUCAGUAUUUACCUGUGAAGGAGACAGUGUGUGAGAAGUUGGAAUUUCCAGAAAAGUUGAGUCCUGAGUCUGCAGCAGUACCAGAACACACUUAAAUGGAAUCUAAAUUUUGUGGACUUGAAACAGACUUUCUUCUGGAGGUUCCAUAAUCUGGCCAUUUCCAUUGAAGAUGCCACUACUUGCUGGACCAGGAUCUGUUUGUAUGUGUGAAAAAUAUUUCCGUAGCCUGGGGAAGAAAACACCCCCACCCACCCCCAGUGCUGGAGUUUUCAGUGUCUCUUUAUUUCAAAGGAGUUAUUUAAUAGCUCCAGUUCACAGCCAGUUUAUCUAGAGCUGGAAAGUAAGCCCUCAAAUCAGGAGCACUUCUUCUGAAGCUUGCAAGAUUCAAAGGUUUAGAGGCCUUUUAAAACAGGCCAUUCACAGCGGCUCAUAAAAACUUAUUUUUGAAGUUAUUUUUGUUAUAAAAGGACCUUGUUGUAUAAUGCACACACUAACUACGCUUCCUCUCAAGGUCAGAUUGGUUCAGCUUCCUGAGGAUCAUGGAUGCCUAGUAGGUCUGUGAAACUUGAAUAUAUUGGAUGGCAUUUUUUUCAUCAGUUGCUUGAGAUCUGUCUGUUUAAAUAAGAAAGAUGUGAGAGAUGCUAUUUGAUACUUUCUAGAGGAACUUUUCACAGAGCUAGAAAAACAACGGAGCUGCAUAAUAAAUUUGGCAAACAUCGAUUCACA